CACAUCGAGGUCGCUUCCAGUUUUUUUCCCCCCACAUGAAACCAUCCUCCUCUCCUCUCCCUCUCUCACGUGAUCAUGUCUUUAUGAUCCUCCUCCUCCUCCUCGGAUAGUCCACCGCGCUGCUCUCCGGACCGGCAGCUGUACCGGACGGUAUCUAUCCGGCUGUGUGUGGCUCCAGUCCCGCAAGGCAGGGUCGGCCAUGUUGUUGUAUGGUGGUGGUGUUGGUGGGGGUGGAUGUAAGUUUAGUAGUAGGAAGUAGAGCGGCGACAAAGAGCUGGGACACUUCAGGGUCUCACUUUUCUUUUUUUUUUUCUUCUUCUUUUUUUUUCCUUCUCCUCUGCACAUGCUGGCUGGAUUCCUCCUGUGUGACAACAAUGACCGUCUCCUCCUCCUCCUCCUCCUCCUCCUCCACCCGUCAACACUGUAACACCGCUCUGAUUUAACUUCACAGUUGCUCUCCUGGAUGGAUGGAGUGAGGAUGAAGGCGGCUCGGUCCCGUUUGGAAUAACUCGGAUUUUUUUUUUUUUUUUUUAAAUGUAUUUAUUUUUAUAAUGUCUGUUCUUGGAUCAGAUUAAAGGAGGGUUCAACAAGAAGGGGGAGGAAAGACGAGAAGAAGAAGAAGAAGCAGAAGAAGAAGAAGAAAGGGGGUUUGUGAAGGCAGGACGAGACGAUGGGCUGCAUAAAGAGCAAAGAGGAUAAAGGCCACGGGAUGAAGAACAGGCCAGAAAAUUCCACGGGGUCCGACCCCAACGCCACCGCCGCCACACCUCACGUCGGUCACUACGGACCGGAUCCCACCCAGCUGCAGCAGAAUCAGCCUCCCUCCUCCUCGUCAGGCUCCGGGGCUGUAAACUUCAACCACACCCUCACGCCGUUUGGCGGCUCCUCAUCUGCCAUGACUCCCUUUGGAGGGGCGUCGUCCUCCUUCUCUGGCCCAGUGUCCAACUCCUUCUCUGGUGCUGUCUCAAGUGGUGUUACCUUCUUUGUGGCCUUGUACGACUAUGAAGCUCGAACAUCGGACGAUCUCUCGUUUAAAAAAGGAGACCGCUUCCAGAUCAUCAACAAUACAGAGGGAGACUGGUGGGAGGCUCGCUCCAUCAACACGGGGAGGAAAGGCUACAUCCCGAGCAAUUACGUGGCCCCUGCUGACUCCAUCCAGGCUGAAGAGUGGUACUUUGGCAAAAUGGGACGCAAGGAUGCCGAGAGGCUGCUGCUGAACCCGGGGAACAACCGAGGAACCUUCCUGGUGCGAGAAAGUGAAACUACGAAAGGUGCGUAUUCUCUCUCCAUACGAGACUGGGACGAAGCCAAAGGAGACAACGUGAAACACUACAAGAUCCGCAAGCUCGACAACGGGGGAUACUACAUCACCACGCGGGCACAGUUUGACACCUUACAGAAGCUUGUCAAACACUACGCAGAGCACGCUGACGGGCUUUGCCACAGGCUGACCACAGUGUGCCCGACCGUCAAGCCUCAGACCCAGGGGCUUGCUAAAGACGCCUGGGAGAUCCCCCGCGAGUCCUUGCGACUGGAGCUCAAACUGGGCCAGGGCUGCUUCGGAGAAGUCUGGAUGGGCACGUGGAACGGCACCACCAAGGUGGCCAUAAAGACGCUGAAAACGGGCACCAUGUCGCCCGAGGCCUUCCUCCAAGAGGCCCAGAUCAUGAAGAAGCUCCGACACGACAAGCUGGUGCCCCUCUACGCCGUGGUGUCUGAGGAGCCCAUCUACAUCGUCACGGAGUACAUGGCGAAAGGAAGCUUGCUCGAUUUCCUCAAAGAGGGUGACGGCAAAUUCCUGAAGCUCCCCUUGUUGGUGGACAUGGCUGCACAGAUCGCUGACGGUAUGGCUUUCAUCGAGAGGAUGAACUACAUCCACAGGGACCUGCGCGCCGCCAACAUCCUCGUCGCAGACAACCUGGUGUGCAAGAUCGCCGACUUUGGCCUGGCCAGGUUGAUAGAAGACAACGAGUACACGGCGAGGCAAGGAGCUAAAUUCCCCAUUAAAUGGACGGCCCCAGAGGCAGCCCUGUACGGCCGCUUCACCAUCAAGUCAGACGUCUGGUCCUUCGGGAUCUUACUCACCGAGCUCGUCACCAAAGGCAGAGUGCCCUACCCAGGCAUGGUGAACCGCGAGGUGCUGGAGCAGGUGGAGCGAGGCUACCGCAUGCCCUGCCCCCAAGGGUGCCCCGAGUCCCUGCACGAGAUGAUGAAGCUCUGCUGGAAGAAAGAUCCGGACGAGAGGCCGACCUUCGAGUACCUCCAGUCCUUCCUGGAGGACUACUUCACAUCCACAGAGCCGCAGUACCAACCUGGAGAGAACCUAUAGCCUGCCUGCUACGUAUCCCUACGCCUGGGAGCGGACCUUUUUCACAACAUGAGCUCUUAAUUACACUACACGCUCUAACCCAUUCUUGAUUUUUGUCCAUUUUGCCUUCAGCGUCCGCCAGCAUUUCAUUUAAUAUUCAUGUUAUUUUUUUGUUUUCAAUCAUGGUACUUAACGCAAGUUUUAGCUAGUAUGAAUUGAUUUGUCACCGUGCACAAUAAUGAUGCUGGCAGGAAGGAACAAAGUCAUUUCAGUUCUGUGCGUUGCUGUGAAGUAAGCUGUGAUAAUGCCUCGCUUUAGAGAAAAACACGUUGUGGAGCGCGGCAGUCCAACUGUCGGGCUUUUAAUGUGGAGAUUUCGCGCUCCGCUCGCCUCCAAAUUGUCUUCUUUUGUGGUGAAUUGGUAAUUUAUGCAUCAAAGCGGUUAAUUAUUAACAGAGAUAAUAUAUUAAACUAACAGGGAGAAGCUCUCAGGGGACUGAUGAUCAUCACCACAGUCCAACUGAAUGAUUAUUUCAAAGUAAGAAACCCACAGCUUCACUUGAACCACAUUUCAUCAGCUGCAGUGCAAUUUUUCACAUUGUGAGUGAGACUGUGACACGGUCUUUUUACAAUGCAUAUUUUUAUAUCAUGUUUGUCUAUGUUCCAUUGUUAUCAUAUAAAUUUAUUACCACACUUUAUUCAUAUCACAUGGACAUGGUAUUACAGCUUCAUUUGAAGACUUUCCCAAUGAUCCAUCAUCUCUGCAAAGACUUACUGUAACUCCUGUAACUUCAGCUGUAACUCCUUCUGUCUGUCGGUGCACAGGUUGUAUAAUCUCACUGUGGUCACUGCACAGACGUGCUCACACAAGGACAGUCUGUGUGACGGUUCAGGGAGUUAAACAGUGAUGAAACUCGAGGACUUGUGGCUCCGUGCCGAGCCAGAAUGACACUUCAUCUGACAUUUACCCCAAACAAGGACGCACGAAGACUCGAGAACUCUUUCUGAAUGUUGGAGUCACGACUGAAGCCACCAAAUAAGUUGGAAACAACCAUUUUAUCUUCUGAAAUGUGACUGAUGAAGAACUUGAGACUCUUUUGUCUGCAAAAACUAUUUGUAUUGCAGUUUUUUUACAGUGAUUUUACCUUUGCAUUUCGCUCCUGUAUGGACUCAAGGGGACAACAUUAUAAUGGGAAUGACAUUAAUUGAUGCCUGAGCUUGUAAAGAAGGGCUUUGUAUAUUAUAAAAUCCUCAUUUUAUAAGAUUAUUAAUGAGAUGGGCAAGAUUGCAAAAUAUAUUUGGGGAGGGAGGUAGUGGGUGGUAUAGAAGCCCAAUUCUGCCAAUAAAGGAAAAAAUGAUGAAAAUUUUGCCCUGAUGAAAUGAAAAUCCAAGGAUAAAUCUUGAUUAUGAGAUAAUUAAAAGUCAGAAAUAUGAGACUAAAGGUCAAAAUUAUUCAAUUAAAUGUGAAAAUAAAGAGAUUGACUUUUUAUCAUAUUUGGAACUUUAUCAUAAUUUUCAAUAAAAAGUCAAAAUAAAGAGAAAGAACUGUAAUUAUGAGAAAAAAGAAAUUCAUGAUCAUGAGAUAAAUGUCGAAGUUUAUUUCAGAAUUUUACUUUCGACCCAUAAUUUCAAUUUGUUGCUCUCAAUUAUGACCUUUUAAAUCUCAAUAGUUUGAUUUUAUAUGUUAUAAUUUAUUUUUUUAUGAUUAAAAAAGUCAUAACUGUAAAAUAUUUUGUCUUUGCAUCUUAGAAGUUGCAGAAAUUAAGCGUUUUUUCUCUUAUCAUGACCUUUUGAAUCUCAUAAUUUAGAUUUAAGAUUAAACUGUCAAAAUAUUGAGAUUGAAACGUCAACAUUUUUUAGAAAAAAGUUUAAAAAUCGCAAUUACUCGACUCAAUUUAUAACUUUUUAUCUCAUAAUUAAGACUUAGUCGGGGAAUAUUUUCUUCAUGUAGUUUAGAUUUCAAGGUAAAUACAACAUUUUCUCUUUUGUUUUUUGGCAGGAAUGGGCUUCAGUAGCUCGGACAUUCAUUGAGUGAAUUUGUACAAUAAAGACGUGAUUUUACA